CUCAGGAGGGAAGAAGGCAUGGCAAGCUUGGAUUCCCACAGCUGCUGUCGUGUCUCAUGCAGUGUGGUUUAACAGCAUGGGAGACAAAAUGUGCAGGAGAGCUGACCUUAACAUUUGCAGAAGGGCAUAAGAUCAGAGGCCUUCAAACUACCUCUCGGUAUUCCUUGCUGCCCAGAUUGCCAGGAUACUAUCAAUCGGACAAGAAAGCUGUUGCAGAAUUUCCCCAAAACUGCAUCUACAUCUCCAGGCUGACUUGAUGCACCCAUCUGGGACAAAGACCCUCUUUGAAACAUUGGGAAAGACAAAAGAAAAGCAGGACAAUUCCGGAUAGUAUCCUUGGAAGGGGAGGCUGGAGGUUGCCGUUUACAGGACAUCACUCGCUGGGUUCCAAAUUUUUGCUUCUGCGCUCAUAUCUGAAUAAGAUCUCAUAAAGCACGGGCGAGAGAGGUUGGAAAAGACGAUCAAGACUUCCAGUUCCAGACUGUGCUUCUAUGUUGAAAGGGUUGCCGCCUUAAUGGACCAUUCCAAAAGCCCAGAUGAUAACAGCCAGCCUUCAUCACCGACUGAUAACAUCAACCUUGGACCUUCUGCUAAUCCCAAUGCCAAGCCAACAGAUUUUGACUUUCUAAAGAUAAUUGGCAAAGGUAGCUUUGGAAAAGUUCUUUUGGCAAAACACAAGUCUGAUGGGAAGUUCUAUGCGGUGAAAGUUCUGCAGAAGAAAUUUAUCCUCAAGAAAAAAGAGCAAAAUCACAUAAUGGCUGAACGCAAUGUGCUACUGAAGAAUGUGAAACAUCCUUUCCUCGUGGGGCUCCACUAUUCCUUCCAGACCAAAGAGAAGCUUUACUUUGUACUGGACUAUGUAAAUGGAGGAGAGCUGUUCUUCCAUUUGCAAAGAGAACGUUGCUUCCGUGAACCUCGAGCAUGCUUCUAUGCAGCUGAAAUGGCCAGUGCAGUAGGAUACCUCCAUUCGCUGAACAUCAUCUACAGGGACUUAAAGCCUGAAAAUAUCCUCUUGGAUUGUCAGGGUCAUAUAGUACUGACAGAUUUUGGACUUUGCAAAGAAGGAAUGGAGCCAGAAGAAACAACAUCUACUUUUUGUGGCACCCCAGAGUACUUGGCUCCAGAAGUGCUGAAGAAACAGCCCUAUGACAGGACUGUAGACUGGUGGUGCCUUGGAGCUGUCCUCUAUGAAAUGCUGUUUGGUUUGCCUCCAUUUUACAGCCGAGAUGUGUCUCAGAUGUACGAUAAUAUUCUGCACAAACCACUUCAGAUUCAAGGAACCAAGACCAUCGCAGCUUGUGAUAUCCUGCAGGGACUUCUCCACAAAGAUCAGAAGAAAAGACUGGGAGCCAAGACAGACUUUCUUGAGAUAAAGAACCAUGUAUUCUUCAGUCCAAUAAACUGGGAUGAUUUGUAUAAUAAGAGGAUCACUCCUCCAUUUGAUCCAAAUGUGGCUGGUCCUGCUGAUCUACGGCAUUUUGACCCAGAAUUUACUCGGGAAGCAGUCUCUAGCUCCAUCAUACGUACCCCUGAUUUAGCUGCUAGUAGUUCCAGUGCCACAGAUGCUUUUCUGGGUUUUUCUUAUGCACCGAAUGAUGAAGACUAAAGCAACCUGUGUAAAUGAGGCUUGAGAAACCCAGUUUUCGCUCUUUAUAUGAACAGAGAGGAAGCUACUACACUUUGACUAAUCUUCUAACUGGAACAGAACCAAGUUCUUCUGCCUUGAAAUACAAGACCUCAUGAUGUGAAUGUUUCUCUGAGGAAAUGCUGAUUAUCCUGUCUAGAAUUAGUUUAUUUCUACAGACUUGAACUCAUUUAAUGAUACAAUCUUGUGCCAAAAUUGAUGUCCUCUUAUGGGAAUGCAGGUUAACCUCUGUUUGGAUUGCCACCGAAGAUAUUCUAGAUAACCAAUUGUUCUGGCUUUGGUAGGUUUACAUUUGGUAUGCUACCUUUUGGAUUCUUUGACACCUUAACUUAUGGUGCUACUCCAGCUAGGUCCAUGUUUUCUGGUUACAUACUCAGGCCAGGGAUAGCCGUCCAGAUAUUGUUGGGCUACAGCUCCCAUCAUCUCCAAACACUGGACAUGCUGCCAGGAGCUGAUGGGAGUUGUAGUCCAAAAACAUUUGUAGGGUUCCACAUUGGCUACCCCUAAGGGAUACUUAGAAAAGGCCUUUGGGGCUGCCUGGAGAAUCCAGGAGCCUCCUCCCCAGUUCCUUGUAACUAACAGAAGUGAUGCAAACUAUAAUUUGCAUGAGCGUUUCUUUUCACAACUGAAAGCACUGCUCCCCACUUAACUGGCACUGAUGGGAGUAGCCCUAUCACAUCACUAGAUUUAGUGAUUUUUCAUUUUACCUUGAAAAUGUUGCCAACUCACACUGCUAACAUUUCCCCCCCCUUGUACCUGAAAUCUACACAGCAGUAAGUGUCUGGUCAUAACUACCUCUUUAGUGCCUGGAUAAAGAAUAGGCAAUGGAUUUUGUUUUUAAAAACAUAAAGCAAAAAAUAGAUCUGUUUUUAAAAGACCUGCUGAUUAAGAGAACAGAAGAAUGGUACUAAUGUGUCAUCUUUUAUUUCCAAAACAGAGAGCGCCAGCCUCCAGCUGGUACAACUAUAGCUGCCUCAGUGAGCAGUUUCAUUACCCUGGUUUUACACCAAAUUGUUAUCUGUCCCAGGGUGUUCUUAUAGAACACUUUAAUCAUUGAUCUGCCAGUCUGAAUAAUUUCAGAUUAUCCAUUCUUCAUAGACUGGUAAGGGGUCUUUUUACAAAACAUGAAUAUACAAGUUCUUGGAUUAAAUAACCAAGCAAGCUGUUUCUAUAAAUGAUUUUCUCCUGCUGCCAGUAGCAGCCAAAGGCAAAACAUAUCCACCCUGCUGAUGAACUAUGAGGAAGGGGGAGUAGAGUUGUCUAGAAUGUGCUGCCAGUAUGCAUAUGAGCACAAAUGUGAAUGCAUUUACUGAUCUGAUGUAAAGCAGAACUUUCUUUUUGCUCUUUAAAACAGCACAAAGAUCAAGGUGUAUAGCCACCUGGGGUACAGAGAACCCAGCUGUGAUAAGUAACGCAUACUAUUGUAUAUUAAUGACUGCCACUUUGGGUGCCUUUGUACCUGCCUUUAAAAAACAACAGCUAUGCCCAGGUCUAGUUUGAAAAGCAUCCAUUCUGUCUAUGCAUUUUAAUUUUUACAAACUACAACAUUGAACUAUGUAUUAAGAAAUGCCUCUAGUGUCCAGGCUUGCUGUGGGAAUCCUUUUUUUCUCUUUGUUGUCAAGGCUACAGUGGGGGACAAAAUGAAUUGGUUCAUAUGACAGUCUUGCCUGACUGCUCCUCUCUGGAUCUUGUUGAUAUGCUGAGAUAACUCCAUAACUGUGUUGAAAGACACUUGCAUUUUAUCUUAUGCUCUUCCCUUAGCCCCAGUUUUUAUUCUGUUUAAUAUUUAACACAUUAAUAAAAAUGUAUAAUAUGUUUUAAAGAGAACUGUUGC